GAAUAGUUUAUAAACGCUCUUCUCGUGGGAAUCACGUUCGAGAGGGAUAUCUAUCAUUGUGUGGCGAAAUCCCGAAAAAUAAACCCACAUCUACCCCUGCCCAAGUUGACAAUCAUGUUCUUCAAGGGCUGUUAUACGACCCUGCUCCUGGCCGCUCUUGGCACAAUACUCGCUUUCCAAGUCCAGUCUGCCUAUGCCUUACCCCUCGGGUCGGCGGUGGCAUCUCCCGCCAUUGCAUCCACUACACGAACAAGUUACCUCACAAAACCAUGGCUCGCCACAAGAAGACUUCGCUUACUCGGCGUUGCGCCUUCUCCCGACCGCAAACAACCUGAAGACAACACAGCCUCGAAACUGCACCACUAUCUCCUUCCCACCCCAAGCAACGCGCCUCGAGACAUCAAGGAUGUUCCACAACGACUUCUUCGACGGUCUGACAUAACGUCCAACCAAACCUUCAUCACGGCCAUGUUUGUGCUUCUGAUCGUUGUUGCGGUCCUCUUGGGCGUGGGAAUUGCCUCCAUCGCCGUCUGUGGCCUGGAUUGGAAGAGGUACUUGUCCAGGUCAAAACCGAGGGUGGAUCUGGAGGAAAAGGGGCCGGAGAGGGCGAGUGAGCCGGCGUCUUAAUCUCAGGAAACUGGUCACAGUUUGGAAUUUGGGGGUUAAGGGGGGACGGGGGUUGGAUGGUCGGGAUGGGAUGGCGUUGUCGGUUUUGCAUUUUUUACCCCCGUCGAUACCCAAGAAGAUACCCUUUUCUUAUUUAAAUAUGAUGAUGAUUAUAACAUGGC